AAAUCCACCAUUGUUAGAUACUUAGACUUUAUAGCUACAAUUCAUUGAUCGUAUUCAGUUCAAGCGUUGCUUUGAUGAGCAUGAAAUGGAAAUUUGUAUGGUUGUUGAUGCUGAUAGCUUCGUUAAGCUUGGUACAGUUCGUGCAAUCCCAAGUUGACUUCAAUCCACCGGAAAAUCCAGCGUCGGGCUUCAUUGCGAAUGCUAUCUACAGCCGCAUCAACAAUCUCACCACUGAAAUCCUCAGAACAAGUCUAGUCAGCAACGCCAGUUUUUGCAUUAAGGAUCCGGAACGUGAUUGGGAUCGAGCUUUCAAUUUCUCUUCUGACUUGAGUUUCCUUACUCGUUGCGCACAGAAAACUGGUGACUUUUCAGGACGUGUGUGUACAGCAGCAGAAGUGAAAUUCUAUUUUGGAAAUUUCUUUGCAAAAGGGUCAGGAAGUGUUCUAAAACCUAACAGAAACUGUAACUUAACCUCUUGGGUAGCAGGUUGUGAGCCUGGUUGGGCAAGUGAAGUUGCAUCAGAUGAACAAAUUGACAUAAAAGAAUCAAACAACAUUCCUGCUAGAACUCUCGAUUCUCAGCCUUGUUGUGAAGGGUUCUUCUGCCCUCGUGGGAUUACGUGCAUGAUUCCUUGCCCUUUGGGUGCCUAUUGCCCGACUGCAACUCUAAAUCAACAGACUGGAGUAUGUGAACCGUACAACUAUCAGCUGCCUCCUGCUAAACCAAAUCAUACAUGUGGUGGAGCUAAUACUUGGGCUGAUGUUGGUAGCAGCAGUCAAGUAUUCUGUCAAGCAGGAUCAUAUUGUCCAUCAACUGUGCAAAAAGUUACUUGCGAUAAUGGGCAUUAUUGCCAGAUGGGCUCUACAACAGAGAAACCAUGCUUCAAGUUGACUUCAUGUGAUCCGAACACUGCAAAUCAAAAUAUUCAUGCAUAUGGAAUUAUGCUAAUAGUUGGUCUGAGUACUAUCCUAUUAAUUAUCUACAACUGUUCUGAUCAAGUGCUCAGCAUUCGGGAAAGAAGACAUGCCAAAACCCGGGAAAGGGUAGCAAAAGUUGUUAAGGAAAAGGUACAGGCACGUGCUAGGUGGAAAUCUGCCAAAGAUGCAGCUAAAAGGAAUGCAAUGGUAUUGCAAAGUCAAUUGUCACGCACUUUUUCUCGUAAGAGAAGUGUUUCACGUAUUGAAGAAUCUAGUAUUUUGCCAGAAAAUACAUCUGAUUAUGAUGAGGAUAUAGUACCACCAUUGCAUGGAAGUAAUUUAACAACAGAGCAAAGUUACCCCAAGAAAACAUCUCAUGACAUUGAGGAAAGUUCUGACAGCCACAGUGGUUUUAGUUUUGAGGUUGAGCAAAAAAGCACGAAUAAGAAAGUGCCGAAGAAAAAAAACAUGCACAGUCAAAGUCAGAUUUUCAACUAUGCAUAUUCUCAGCUUGAGAAAGAGAAAGCUUUACAGCAGCAGCAACAGGAUAAUUUAACCUUCUCGGGAGUAAUUAAAAUGGCUACCAACAAUGAGACAAGGAAAAGACCAACACUUGAGGUUUCCUUCAUAGAUCUAACGGUUACUCUAAAAGGGAAAAAGAAGAACCUAUUAAGGUGUGUAACAGGGAAACUUAUGCCUGGACACAUCACAGCUGUCAUGGGUCCAUCUGGGGCUGGGAAAACAACAUUUCUCUCUGCCUUGGCAGGAAAAACAGUUGGAUGCACAAUGACUGGUCAUGUUCUAAUAAAUGGAAAGAAAGAUCCUAUUCGUUCGUACAAAAAGAUCAUUGGGUAUGUGCCACAGGAUGAUAUUGUUCAUGGAAAUCUUACUGUGGAGGAGAAUCUUUGGUUCAGUGCAAAGUGCAGGCUUUCAGCAAACUUGCCCAAAGAAGAUAAAGUUUUGAUUGUUGAAAGAGUUAUCGAAUCCUUGGGAUUGCAAGCUGUGCGGGAUUCUUUGGUAGGAACAGUAGAGAAGCGAGGAAUCUCUGGUGGUCAAAGGAAGAGAGUGAAUGUCGGGUUGGAAAUGGUAAUGGAACCAUCACUUUUGAUCUUGGACGAACCUACAUCUGGUUUGGACAGCUCAUCAUCUCAACUACUUCUUAGAGCACUUCGUCAUGAAGCUCUAGCAGGAGUGAACAUCUGCAUGGUUUUACAUCAGCCAAGCUACUCUUUGUUCAAAAUGUUCGACGAUCUGAUACUUUUGGCUAAAGGUGGUUUGACUGCAUACCACGGACCAGUAAGAACUGUAGAGGAGUAUUUUGCAAGCCUUGGAAUAAUUGUACCAGAUCGUGUAAACCCGCCUGAUCAUUUUAUCGAUUUCUUAGAGGGUAUGGUGAAGCCAAGCUCAAGUUCUGUGGUUAGUUACAAAGAGCUUCCUCUUAGAUGGAUGCUUCACAAAGGCUAUCCAGUACCUUCAGAUAUGCAACAGUAUGGCGUUGGAAAUGGUUUAUCUUCAGAAGGCAGUGGUGAUCAUAUUGUUAGAAUGAGCUCUGUUGAUACAGAUGCUGGCGAUCAAUCUUUUGCUGGAGAAGUUUGGCAGGAUAUGGUCAGUCAUCUUGAAGUUAAACGUGAUAUUUUACACCACAACUUCUUAAGGUUCCAUGAUCAAUCUAACCGUAGAACUCCAGGCAUUUUGCACCAAUAUAAAUAUUUCCUCGGAAGGAUUGGAAAGCAACGCUUACGAGAUUCCAAUGGGCAAGCAAUCGAUUAUCUCAUCCUAUUACUUGCUGGGGCCUGUCUAGGUUCAAUAAGUAAAGUGAGUGAUAGUAAUUUUGGAGCUCCGGGCUACACUUACACCAUCAUUGCUGUUUCUCUUUUGUGCAAAAUUGCGGCUUUGAGAACAUUUUCACUGGACAAAUUACAGUACUGGAGAGAGAGAGGUUCAGGCAUGAGCAGCUUGGCACAUUUUCUCGCCAAGGACACAAUAGACCAUUUCAAUACAGUUGUAAAGCCUGUGGUGUAUCUCUCCAUGUUCUAUUUCUUCAGCAACCCAAGGUCGACUUUUGUGGAAAACUAUAUUGUUUUACUCUGCCUUGUUUAUUGUGUUACUGGGAUAGGUUAUGCACUAGCCAUAUUUCUCCAACCAGGUCCAUCUCAAUUGGCUGCAGUUCUUCUUCCUGUUGUGUUCACUCUCAUUUCAACUCAGACUGGAAGUAGCAAAUUAGUGAGGGACAUUUCUUAUCUGUGCUAUCCAAGAUGGGCCUUGGAAGGUUUCAUUAUUUCAAAUGCAGAAAGGUAUUAUGGAGUAUGGCUAAUAACUCGGUGUGGCGCCCUUAUGAAAAUGGGUUACAGUCUUCAAAGAUGGGGUCUCUGCAUAGCCAUCCUGAUGCUUACUGGUUUUGGUAGCCGUGUUGUAGCAUUUCUCGGUAUGCUCAUGUUAGGCAAGAAGUGAGAUCUCAACUUCUCGUCGUUGCAGAAAAAAUAGAGUUUUUUCAAUUAAACAUCUCAAACACGGGUAUUUAUCGCGACAAUUGGCUGUAAUAGUUUGAAUUUGUGGCGUAUUAUUAUUAACCAAUAGAGAAAUGUUCAAAAAGAGAUGGGUCAAGACCAGUAGACGUGUGUUGUAAAUAGAAAGACAGUUCACUUUUUCCUCUUUUAUAUUUUCUCCCAAUUCUUUGAACAUAAAUGAUACAUUAGUACUUCAUUGAUUUGUGUAUUGUUGUAUGAAUACAAAUUGUAAUUAGUUUGUCUUU